AUGCUCCUUCCAAUUAUAAUUGCAGAUGCAUUCAGAUUCUGUGGGGACUUCCUCCAUGUAGCUUCAAAAGUCGUGCUGAUAACAAAGAUAGCAAGGACAAGGUCUUGCAGUGGACUGUCUCUCAAGACCCAGUUCUUGUACGCAAUGGUCUUUAUAUUUAGGUAUGUUGAUUUGUUUGAUUUCUACAUCAAAGGACUUCUUGGAGUAUACAACUUUAUAAUGAAGAUCCUAUUUAUCGGAUUCCAAAUCCUCAUUCUCUUUAUGAUGAGAUUCAAAUACUUCUCUACAUAUGACAAGAAGUGGGAUAAGUUUAAUAUUUUGAUCCUGAUAGUUCCAUGCUUUGUAUUCUCACUAUUAUUUGCCAGGAGCGGCUACGGUGUCUAUAGAUACAUCUCCAAUGUUUUGUAUAUAUCGUCCUUGUUUCUUGAAAGCGUUGCCAUUCUCCCACAGCUUGUCCAGCUCCAGGAAGCAGGGGAAUCCGAGACAAUGACUUCGAAGUAUAUUCUCCUGCUCGGGCUCUAUAGAGCCUCAUACACGGUAUACUUCAUUCUUAAGAGGGUCUAUGAUGUAAAGAACAUCGGAAGCAUUCCUAUUGCUUGUGGAAUUAUCCAAACAUUGCUAUAUAUGGACUUCUUUACAAUCUACUACAGAUACGUUUUUAGAAAGUCUGGGAUAUCGGAAAGUCUUCCCUCAUCGAAUAUUAAAGGAGAAUUAUAA